GCAGCCAGGGCUCGCCUCGGGGGACCGCGUGUUGCUAGCGAGCUCGGUGCUGCCGGCUGCCGCCCCAGUGCGAGGCGAUGGGGAGGAGGCUGGACGUGCUGCUGGGGCGGACGACGAAGCAGACGGCGCGGCUCAAGUCGCUGCUGGGGCUGGCGGCGACGCGCCUCGGCGUGGUGCGGGGCCACCGCCAGGUGCGGUGCGGGCAGGCGCGCGGGGACGUGGAGCAGCUUCUCCGCCUCGGCCACGCGGACCGCGCGCUGGCCCGCGCCGAGCACGUCGUGCGGGAGCAGAACGCGCUCGACGUCCUCGCCGAGCUCGAGGCCUGCUGCAACCUCAUCGCCGAGCGGGCCGCGCUCGUCGACGACGCGCACAGGGGGGAGUGCCCCGAGGAGCUGCGGGAGGCGGCGGCGGGGCUGGUAUACGCCGCCGCCAGGUGCGGGGACCUUCCGGAGCUGCAAGAGGUCCGGGCCAUCCUCGCCGCCAAGUUCGGCAGGGAGUUCGUCUCCGCCGCGUCCAACCUCCGCAGCGGGUGCGGGGUCAACCCCAAGAUCGUGCAGAAGCUGUCGACCAAGCAGCCGAGCCUGGAGAGCCGACAGCUGGUGCUACAGGAGAUCGCCGCCGACAAAGGGAUCGCCGUGCGCAUCUACGAGCCGCCUCCUCCCUACGAGGACUCGGGGAGCUCCAACCACAGCCACAGGAAGACGGAGCACGAUGGCGAGAGGAUCAGUAGGACGCCACCAGUUGAUGGCCGGGACGAAGACAUCUCCGGCCACUCGGCGCAGAGGUACAAGGACGUGGAAGCGGCAGCUCAGGCCGCGUUCGAGUCGGCCGCCUCGGCAGCCGCCGCCGCGAAGGCGGCCAUGGAGCUCUCGCGUGGGGAGCCCAGGGGGCCCGGUGACAGGAGGAGGGCAGGGAGGACGCAAAUGGAUGAUCCUGAGAUCGAGAAACAAGAUGAGGUGCUUCAUGGAAACAAACCCGAGAAGAUUGGGCAUGGCCGGAAUUACAGUUCAGAUGUUGAGAUCACGCCGGAGGACGACGAGGCAAACCACGGCAACGUUGCAGUGGACGAACCGAAACAGCGGGAGCCUGCCAGGGGAAAGCCGGCAUCGGUCAGAACAAAGUGGGGAUUUUAGCGGCAUCCAGAUCGCAACGGAGGAGAUGGUUUCUUCGUCUUGUCAAUAUAUUGGCAUGGAAGUUGUUUUUUUUCACUGUAGUAGUAUGUAAUUAACGACGGUUACCAAAAAAACACAUGAGCGAUUUGAUUUAUUGCCAACAGUUUGCACACUAGUACACUAUGCCUGUACUAAUGCUAUGUUCUGUUAAUGUGUAGCGUUAAUUGUAGUACAUGUUCUUUGGAGGAAAAAUAUUGAUGUUGCAAUUCAAAUGAUCUGCUUGGAAAGGAUGAGAUUG